AGCAACCCUAGCGGCUGCAGUAUUCACAGCGGCGGCAGAGCAGCAAAACUUCUCAAACUUGAGACAGGACGUAACUGGAGGAACUAAAGGAGUCCGAAGAACCCAUGCAGUCAUGAUCUGAGACCGGCUACGGUCCCCAUUCAUGAGCGUUAAAAAGACUGGGUUAGGGAAAAAGAGAGAAAGCUGAGCAAAUUAUUUUGCGAAAGCAGAACUUGGGGAGGCACGUUCACAAAAUGCAAGUUGAUGUAGCGCUUUGUAUCACUCUCCUAGCUUUGGUGCUUUGGAAUAAAGCAGGUGCAGCAGGAAGUACGCAGUGCUCAUGUGGGCGGAAUCACUUCACCUGUGCUGUGAGUGCUUUCGGGGAGUGCACAUGCAUCCCAGCGCAGUGGCAGUGUGAUGGAGACAAUGACUGUGGGGACCACAGUGACGAAGAUGGCUGCAUGCUCCCCACUUGCUCCCCCUUGGACUUCCACUGUGAUAAUGGCAAGUGUAUCCGGCGCUCCUGGGUGUGCGAUGGGGACAACGACUGCGAAGACGAUUCGGACGAACAAGACUGCCCUCCCCGAGAAUGCGAGGAAGACGAGUUCCACUGUCAGAACGGCUACUGCAUCCGGAGCCUGUGGCACUGCGAUGGAGACAACGACUGUGGGGACAACAGCGAUGAGCAGUGUGACAUGAGGAAAUGUUCAGAUAAGGAGUUCCGUUGUGCUGAUGGGAGCUGCAUAGCUGAGCACUGGUACUGCGAUGGUGACACGGAUUGUAAAGAUGGGUCGGAUGAGGAAAACUGUCCCUCUGAUGUUCUCACUGCAACAUGCAGCGUGGAGGAGUUUCAGUGCGCCUAUGGACGGUGCAUCUUGGACAUCUAUCACUGUGAUGGCGACGAUGACUGUGGGGACUGGUCUGAUGAGUCUGACUGCUCCUCACACCAGCCCUGCCGGUCCGUGGAGUUCAUGUGCAGCAGCGGGAUGUGCAUCAACGCCGGCUGGAGGUGCGACGGCGAGUUCGAUUGCGACGACCAGUCCGACGAGAAGAACUGCUCGGUCUCCAUGUGCACUGCCGACCAGUUCCGCUGCAAGUCGGGGCGCUGCGUGCGGUUGCUGUGGAGAUGCGACGGGGAAGAUGACUGUCUGGAUAACAGCGAUGAAGAGGGCUGUGAAAAUACGGACUCUCCUCCGUGUGCCCCGGACCAGUUCCUGUGUGGGAAUGGGCGCUGUAUUGGUCAGAGGAAGGUGUGCAAUGAGGUCAGCGACUGUGGGGAUGGCACCGAUGAGGGGCCCUACCAAAAUUGCCGUCCAAGGUCUAGCGAAGGUAGCUGCAAUCUGAACAAUGGCGGCUGUUCUCAGAAGUGCCAUAUGGUUCGAGGAUUGGUGCAGUGCACUUGUCACACUGGGUACAGGCUGAUGGAUGAUGGAAGGUCAUGUCAAGAUGUGGAUGAAUGUGCAGAGGAAGGCUACUGCAGUCAGGGCUGUACCAACUCUGAGGGAGGCUUCCAGUGCUGGUGUGUGCAGGGCUAUGAGCUCAGGCCUGAUAAACGCAGCUGCAAAGCCUUAGGGCCAGAACCCGUUCUUCUGUUCGCCAACAGGAUUGACAUUCGUCAAGUGCUCCCCCAUCGAUCCGAGUACACUCUGCUCCUCAACAACCUUGAGAACGCCAUUGCGCUCGACUUCCACCACAGCAGGGAGCUGGUUUUCUGGUCAGAUGUCACACUGGACAGGAUCAUGAAGGCCAACCUUAAUGGGAGCAAUGUGGAGGAGGUGGUUUCCACAGGCCUGGAGAGUCCAGGCGGUCUGGCCAUUGACUGGAUCCAUGACAAGUUGUACUGGACAGACUCUGGCACAUCGAGGAUUGAGGUGGCCAACUUGGACGGAACCCACAGAAAGGUUCUGCUUUGGCGAAACAUGGAGAAGCCCAGAGCAAUAGCUCUGCACCCAAUGGAGGGGAAGAUUUACUGGACGGACUGGGGUAACACUCCCCGGAUAGAGUACGCCAACAUGGACGGCUCCAAUCGCCGGGUCAUUGCCGACACCCAUCUCUUCUGGCCCAACGGCCUCACCAUAGACUACGCUGGCCACAGGAUGUACUGGGUGGAUGCGAAGCAUCAUGUGAUUGAACGAGCGGACUUGGAUGGGAAGAACAGAAAAGCCGUUAUCAGCCAAGGUUUGCCACAUCCCUUUGCCAUUACAGUGUUUGAAGAUAGCCUGUACUGGACAGACUGGCACACCAAAAGUAUUAACAGUGCUAACAAGUUCACCGGAAAGAACCAGGAGAUAAUCCGCAACAAACUGCACUUCCCCAUGGAUAUCCACACGCUGCAUCCCCAGAGACAGCCAGCAGGUGGUAGAAAUCGGUGUGGAAACAAUAAUGGAGGCUGUAGCCACCUUUGUCUGCCCAGCAACAAAACAUACACUUGUGCUUGCCCCACUGGCUUUAAGAAGAUAGAUAACUUUAACUGUGCAGAAAGUCUUGACAAGUUCCUGCUUUUUGCCCGAAGGACGGACAUCCGUCGGAUCAGCUUCGACACCGAGGACAAGUCCGAUGACGUCAUCCCUCUUGCUGACGUGCGCAAUGCGGUGGCCCUGGACUGGGACUCCGGGGAGGAGUACAUCUACUGGACCGAUGUCACCACCGACUCCAUUAACAGAGCCAAGUGGGAUGGAUCCAAACAAGAGGUUGUUGUGGACACCAGUCUGGAAAGCCCUGCAGGUCUUGCAAUUGAUUGGGUGACCAACAAACUGUACUGGACAGAUGCAGGUACUGACAGGAUCGAAGUAUCUAAUGCUGAUGGUAGCAUGAGGACUGUGCUUAUCUGGGAGAACCUGGACAGGCCCAGGGACAUUGUGGUGGAUCCCAUAGGGGGGUACAUGUACUGGACCGACUGGGGAGCGAACCCCAAGAUUGAACGGGCUGGAAUGGAUGCCUCAAACCGUAUAGUGAUCAUCUCCUCCAACCUCACCUGGCCCAAUGGAUUGGCCAUUGACUAUGAGACAGAGAGGCUCUACUGGGCAGAUGCGGGCAUGAAAACGAUUGAAUAUGGCAACUUAGAUGGCACGGACAGGAAGGUGCUGAUCGGAAGCCAGCUGCCUCACCCCUUCGGCCUUACUCUUCAUGAGGACAAAAUCUACUGGACAGACUGGCAAUCCAAAAGCAUCCAGAGUGCGAACAAACACACAGGCCAGGGCCGCACCACGCUGACAGAGAGCUUAGAGAACCUCAUGGACAUUCACAUGUUUCAUCGCCAUCGAGCCCCAGUUCAUACGGCAUGCAGAGUGAAUAAUGGAGGCUGUAGCCAUCUCUGUCUUUUGGCUCCUUUGCCUAAGGGAUCAAGCUGUGCCUGUCCUACAGGAAUAAAUCUCCAGUUUGACGGAAAGACCUGCGCACAAGGCAUGAACAGCUUCCUAAUUUUUGCACGACGAACCGACAUUCGUAUGGUUUCCCUCGAUAUACCAUACUUUGCCGACGUUGUUCUUGCUAUAAAUGGAUCUAUGAAAAAUACAAUUGCCAUCGGGGUGGAUCCUAAAGAGGGCAAGGUUUACUGGUCUGAUAGCACACUGAAAAAAGUAAGCAGGGCGAAUCUGAAUGGCACAGGCUAUGAAGAUAUAAUUUCAAGAGGAUUAAUGACUACAGACGGACUGGCAGUGGAUGCUGUUGGCCGAAAGAUUUAUUGGACUGACACAGGCACUAACAGGAUUGAAGUUGCCAAUCUGGAUGGAUCAAUGAGGAAAGUUCUUAUCUGGCAAAACCUGGAUAGCCCACGAGCCAUCGCUCUUUACCACGAAAUGGGGUACAUGUACUGGACGGACUGGGGAGAGCACGCCAAGCUGGAGCGCUCUGGAAUGGACGGGUCGGAAAGGAUGGUGCUCAUCAGCAACAACCUCGGCUGGCCCAACGGGCUGGCUAUAGACAAGGCUGGAUCGCAGCUGCUCUGGGCCGACGCACAUACAGAGCGCAUUGAAGCAGCAGACCUGAAUGGAGCCAAUCGGCGGACGCUGGUGUCCCCAGUGCAGCACCCUUACGGGCUGACCCUGCUCGGCUCUCAUAUCUACUGGACUGACUGGCAGAGUCGCAGCAUCCAGAGGGCUGACAAGACCACCGGAGGCAACAGCAUCAUGGUGCGGGGGAACCUGCCAGGCCUCAUGGACAUCCAGGCUGUGGACAGGGAGAAGCCACUGGGUUUUAAUAAGUGCAGCCGGAGGAACGGCGGCUGCAGUCACCUGUGUCUUCCCAAUCCCAACGGCACUUCCUGCGCCUGCCCCACGGGCAUCCUGCUGAAGGGAGACGGCAGGUCGUGCGACGACGUCCCCGAGGCCUACCUGCUCUUCUCCAACCGCGUCGGCAUCCGCCGCAUCUCCCUCGACACCAGCGACUACACCGACGUCCACGUGCCCGUGCCGGAGCUCAGCAACGUCAUCUCCCUGGACUACGACAGCGUGGAGGGCAAAGUCUACUACACUGACGUGUCCCUGGAUGUCAUCAGACGUGCCAACCUGAAUGGCAGUGGCAUGGAGACUGUGAUCGGGCAGGGUCUGAAGACCACUGACGGCCUGGCGGUAGACUGGGUGGCGCGGAACAUGUACUGGACCGAUACGGGCAGGAACACUAUAGAGGUGGCCAGGCUGGAUGGCUCCUCUCGCAAAGUGCUCAUUAAUAACAGCCUGGACGAGCCCAGGGCUAUUGCGGUCUUCCCAAGCAAGGGGUACCUGUUUUGGACUGAUUGGGGCCAUAUUGCCAAGAUUGAGAGGGCUUAUCUGGAUGGGUCAGAUCGCAAAGUCCUGAUCAAUACUGACCUGGGCUGGCCAAAUGGACUUACUCUGGACUACGACACACGCAGGAUAUAUUGGGUGGAUGCUCAUUUGGACAGGAUUGAGAGUUCUGAUCUAAAUGGAAAGCUUCGGCAGAUCCUUGUCAGCCCGGUCUCCCAUCCCUUUGCUCUCACACAGUUGGAGACGGUGUCUUCAAAACUAACCCCUCUCUUCCACCUCUCACAGCAAGACCGAUGGAUUUACUGGACCGACUGGCAAACUAAGUCUAUUCAGCGUGUAGAUAAGCACACAGGACGGAGCAAAGAGACUAUUCUUGCAAAUGUUGAGGGAUUAAUGGAUAUCAUUGUAGUAUCUCCUCAAAGGCAAACUGGUACCAAUCACUGUGGUGUAAACAAUGGCGGUUGUACCCAUCUUUGCUUUGCCAAAUCUGGAGGGUUUGUGUGUGCUUGCCCUGAUGAGCCUGAUGGGAAGCCCUGCUCCACCAUUGCAGGUUAUGUUCCCACCCCUGAGACCCCUCAGACCACCACCACCACAUGGCCUCACAAACCUCCCAAGAUCCCCGGCACGUCUACUGACAAACCUAAAGCUCGACCACCUGCGGCAAAUUGCACUGAGAAAGACAUGAGCCUGCAACGCUGUAUAACUGAAAGCAGUCAGGUUGUCAAGGCUUCGAAUGAAGGCCUGCACAUCAGCUAUGUUAUUGGAGGAGCUUUGACAAUGUUGGCCAUCCUGAUUCUCAUAGCUGCGUUCAUUAUAUACAGGCACAAAAAAUCCAAGUUUGCUGACCCCGGAGUGAGUAAUCUCACCUACAGUAAUCCAUCAUACAGGACCUCGACUCAAGAAGUGAAAAUAGAAACCGUACAAAAGCCUCCAAUUUAUAACCAGCUCCGAUAUAAAAAAGAGGCCAGCAGCGACAACAGCUACACCAAGGAGAAGAUCAAGAUUGUGGAGGGCAUCUGCCUGCUGUCCAACGACGAGCUGUACUGGGAGGACCUGAAGCAGAUCAAGCCCUCCCGGGGAGGGAUCCUGCGGGACCACGUCUGCAUGAAGACGGACACGGUGUCCCUGCAGGCCAGCAGCGCCUCCCUGGACGACACGGAAACUGAGCAGCUGCUGCAGGAGGAGCAGUCCGAGUGCAGCAGCAUCCACACCGCUGCGGCCGCCACGCCCGAGCGGCACGGGGCCCUGCCGGACACCGGCUGGAGCCUCCCUCCGAAACCCUCAACCGAGAGCGAGGUGUGACCCCUCCCCCCCCACAGCCAGGCCUCGCCUCCUCCUCCUCCUCCUCCGCCGUUCUGCUUUCGAGUGUCUGUUUUCGUCUGCAGACUGCUUCCAGCUGUGCUAUCAAACUUCAUGGCUUCUUCCUCAGAGAUCAGACUUGGAGACGGGUGGAGGAAGAAAACCACAAACUUGACAAAUAAACAUGAAGACAUAUCUGCAACCAUUAACGGAACAACACGGCGGUCUGUUAUUGGGCUACUUUUGUGUGUCAAUUGUUUUGUGGACUAUUGUUCUUGAUUUGAGCAACCUAAUACUCUAAUAUGCCACUCAUAAUACAGCAAGUGAUUCGUCAAAUCUAUUUAUGAACUUUUUUUAUACUUUGAGUGGUGUGUGACAAAACACGAUAGGCUUUCCGAGAGUGAAUUUAGUUAAACGUAUGGAAUUAAAAUGCUUUUAUCGCUUAGAAAAACAUUUUCCUGUGUUUGUAUUUCUGUCUGUGCCAAAGGGCAGGGCUGUUAUUUUCAGACAAGGCCUUUUCACUUCUGGUUUCCAGGGCGUUUACAGGCUAGCAGUGAUGAUCCACCUGAUAUUACAGAAGUAUUCAGUACGACGAUUAGACUAAUUGAUUCACAUUUUUUAGAACAUACCGUUUUGCUUCUUACAAAUAAUGAAUUGUGAUGAACCUUCGUAACUGGAUCUUCUAAAACUGUUAACAUUAAUGUACAAGGUACUCAUGAAUGAAAGGAAAACGCAAAACUGUUUAAAGUAUGGUAUAUAUGGGAAUUUGUUCUUUACAUGUAUGAAUUGAAAAGAAAUUCCCCCACAAAAAACAUUUUAUUCCUAGCUGUUGAAGUAUUUUAAAUCCCUCUGGAAUUUUUUAUUAAUCAAGGUAGAAUGUCUAUUCCUGCACCUUGAGAGCGCUUUGCACAGAUGACUUAUCACAUGACAUGCUGUUUUUUUUAAGAUACCUUCUGUACUAUGCCCAUUCUUUGUACUAACAGCCAAAAGGAAAUGUCCUCACCUAAAAACUUGUAUUAUGUGUUUCUGUGUACUUGCUACUGUACAUGGAUCAACAUUUCUGCAACUUGUACCAGUGACAUCUUAAAAUAAGGGGGUGGGAGGGUUGAGUAGUUCUUUGCCAAGCAUAUAAUUUUAAAAUGUUAAGAAAUGUAUUAGCAGACAUGUUUUCUUCUUACAUGAAAAUGAUGUUUCUAGGUUUUAAAGGGCUGUCAUAAGAAUGACAAAUCCCCAGAUCAUGUACAUCUCAAAGUACCAUCAACUGGUUCAGUAACUCUUGCUGAUUUGCUGCUAAAUAGCACUGAGACCCACAGUUCUGGUCUUGGCAGCUACUUAAAGUCCAAGAAUAACAGAGACUAUGCUUAUUAACUGAGAAUUUUAAUGUUCUGUGGCAACCCUGACAAAAGACAACAGUUUCACAAUUUUUCACAAUCAAAUUAAGAAUUACUAACAUGACUUGUACAGAAUUCAGAUAUGGCAUUUUUAAUUGUUUAAAUAUCUUGUAUUGAUAUAUUGUAUAAAGAAUCUGAUUUUUGUUGUACAAAGGGAUUUCUUGAUUGUGACUUAUUAAUUUUACUCACUGGAGAAAUGUUUGCUGGAUUUAUUUAACCACUGUUUGUUCAGAACCUUAAAUACUAGGGCUGUGCCAGUUAUUUAAUAGAGUGCUUUUUAUGCUACAAAAUAUUGGUCACAUAUAACUUGUAAAGUUAACUAAAAUAUUUAUAAUUUGUUUUUAUUUUGUGUACAUACAUGUAAUUUUCCUUCUGCAAUGCUAACAAGCUGUGCUGUGUGAUAUAGUGAGUAGCCAUUUGUUCAAUUGUAACAAGACUGUAUUUGCAUUGAGAUGGAAAAAUGUUGCAUUUUUAACUGUACUUACUAAAAAUGCUUUGGUGUUUUCGAUAGA